AUGGGUUUUUCGAAUUUCGUAUAUACAUCAUCCUUGAAUGUUUUACUACUUCUCGGUAUGUUUCUCAGCUUCCUUCUUCUUGUCCAAUCACAACAAGAAGAACAACCUCAAUUUCAAUCUCCACCUCCUCCCUCGCCUCCGCUUCAGGAUUCAUCACAACCGCCACCGCCGCCGCCGCCUCAAUUGCUUCAAUCUCCGCUGACUCCUCCUCCUCCUCCUUCACAAUCCAACGCUGGAGUUAUUAUGUCUCCUCCUAAUUCUCCGCCGCCACCAUUAUCAUCAUCAUCAUCAUCAUCACCUCCACCGCCGCCGAUUCCAAAACCCUCUCAUCCUCCUCCUCCUCCACCUCCGCGUGCGCAAGCUUCUCCUCCUCCGCAAUCUAAUAGCAGAAACCACCAACCACGGAGGUUACGGCCGCCAUCUCCUCCUCCUCCACCUCCACCUCCUCCUCCUCGGGUCUUCAAGGAAAAAGACAAGGGUGGAUUGAACACAGGGAAAACAGUGGGUCUAGUAUUCGCUGGGUUUGCAGCAAUGUUGCAGAUUUGCGUUGUUGCCUUCUUGCUUUUCAAGAGAAAGCAGCUUCUCCGGAUGACACAUACUUAUUGA